AUGAGCGCCUCACCCCGGACACAGCAAAAGCGCACCGCACACACGUGCAUAACAUGCCGUGCCCGCAAGGUCCGAUGUGAUGGUCGGAAGGGAACCUGUACCAACUGCGAGCGACUUGGUUUUGGUUGCUCCUAUGACGAGCACAUGGGCAUGGAGGUAGUCCAGACCGAUGCCGCCGUGUCUCGCAUCGCGAUACCUCGCCGCCGAGUUCGCCGCGCCUGCCAGAACUGCCAUGAGAAGAAGGCCCGCUGCAGUGGUUCGACUCCGAGCUGUGACCGGUGCACCGCUCAAGGCCUCCAUUGUGUCUAUCUCCCUGGAAAGCGCUCACUUCCCCUGGCCAGCCCUGCCACAGCAUCAGCAACAUCCGCACCACCUGCGACGGCCCAUCCGCCAGACUCACCAUCCUAUGAUGACGGCCACUCGGGACGCAGCGCUUUUGCGAGCGGUACUGCAAGCCCUGCGCCGGCGUCUGCUGCGCGAGCCGAACCCGAGGAGGACCUCGUGCUGCGCGCUUUUGACGCCUUCUUUCGUCAUGUACACCAUAUCCCCAAGUUCUCCUUCUUGCAUCGGGCAUCGCUGAUGGAGCGUUACCACGCCGGGUCCCUCGACAGGUCUCUUGUGCUUGCUCUCAUUGCCAUCACCGCUUUGCUGACUGACCUGGGUCCGGGUAUGGGCGAGUAUGGAAGCCAGUGUAUGGAGGAGGCCGUGUCACUGUGCUUGGCGGGAAUGGAGAAACCAUCGAUUGUCCGUCUGCAGGCGCUGGUGAUUGCCGUUGAACAUCGCAUCUUCUCGAGGAGGUUUUCGGGUGCUUUUAUGCUGCAUGCACUCGCCAGCCGCUUUGCCACGGCUCUUCGACUCAACUACGAAAACCCAGAGCUCUGUUUUUUGGCGCGGGAGUCUCGUCGUCGACUUAUGUGGUCUCUGUACAUGAUCGAUUCGUCCAUCUCGGCAGGCCAGCGUGAUGUUGCUUUGUGGCCCGAUGCCGAGCGCCAAAUCCACGUUCACCUGCCCUGCAACGAAAGGAACUUCGAGUUUGACCUUCCAGAAGCUACUGAGUCCCUGAGGCCGCCACCACCAGAGCCCGGCAUGGGAACCGCGCCAAUGCCGGAUGCUCUCGGAUUUAUGGCCCUUCAUGUGCGUAUCCAGUGGAUGCGUGCAAGGAUAUUGCAGUGUACCUCUCAGGCCGCCUCGUCGUGGUCUCAACAGGAUCUGACCACUCUCCCAUUGCGAUGCGCCGAGCUGUUGGCCGAGCUGGAAGGCUUCGAGGAACGAUUGCCGCCGUCGUUCAAAUGGUCCGAGGGGAACCUGCGUCUGCGAACCUAUUCACCAAGGCUGGGUAUUUUUGUCAUGACACACGUUUGGUGGCGACAGUGCCAUCUCGAUCUGUACCGCCUCUUUCUGGAAGGACUGCGCGAGGCGCUCCCUCGGCCGAUGCUCCAGCAGCUGGAUCCUAAUCUUGUUGCCCGCAGCCGUCAGGGCUGCUAUAAUCACGCAAGGGCCAUGGCUGACAUGUUUGCGCAGCUCCUGACCCUGGGCAGCAGCGUCCCUGUCACUGACUUGGAUCUGCCGGGCUGCGCUUAUCAAUGCACGAGGGCUCUGUAUCAUGGGCUUCAAACCGGUACAGGUGACUUAGCAUUUACCCUAGAACGAGUUCAAGAGCUCUCUGCUGUUUGCUUAAGGGCCGCCCAGCAAUCUACCACUGGGCCGGCCGCUGCGAGUAUUCAAGCGGAUAUCGAACGGAUAAUCACCCACGGUUUAAAGCUCCCUGAAGGCGCGCCCGAUUCACCGGCUCAUAUCUCCAGUGACCCUGCGCCUGUCACCAAAUCUGCCAUCGACACCAGGAUUGCUGGCCACGCACAGCUCACACCGGAUCCAGCAGCCUCGUACACGUUCCAGCCAUCUGUACCAGCUACAUCGGCUCCAUCAAUAGCCUUGCCAAGCCUUGCCGUCACAGAACCACCAAUACCGGCGCCUGUGGCACCUUCACACGCGAGCGGCGUGACAACGGGGAGUAAUGCGUUUGAGGAGGUGUUGAGCGGUUUCACUUUUGGGCCAGAGCUGUACGGCAUGGACUGGUCCACAUUCCCGACUGGAUGGCCCAACCAGCAGUUUACAGGGUCGAACAUGUGA